UGGUGAUAAACAAACUGUUUACAAAAUAAACGUUUCUCAACGUUUUCUCCUCAACAUGCGGACAAAAAAUUGCUUGAAAAAUUUCAACUGAAAAUGGAUUUGAAUUUAAUACAACCGAAAAUCGUCAAUGAACCAGAGGAAAUUGAAAUCAAACAAUUAAAACGGAAAAUUGAAGAAGAAACUACUACAGAAACAAGCAAAAAACUAAAAAACAAUGAAGUUUCUAACAUUCAAACCAAAACACAGCAGAAUAAGGAGGAAAUCGCAAAUGGUAAACAAAUAAAUGCGGAAGUAACCCCACAGCAACUGGAAGAACUAAAUGGAAGCCCUUUUACAAAACAAAACUCUUCAAUUGAUAAAGAAACAGUUGUUAAAGAAGAACUACAAAAUAAAGUUCCCAUUAGUCCUAAAAAACGUCUAGAAGUUACAAAGCCAUCAACAUCAAGGAGUGCUACGAAGGGGAAUAAAGAGAAAUUUAUAUAUGGCAACUAUAGUCAAUAUUAUGGUUACCGUAACAAGGAUAAGGAUUAUCAUGAUAUACGUUUAGAUGUCUUUGCCGAACAAAAGGAAAUCUUUAGAAAUAAACAAAUAUUAGAUAUAGGCUGUAAUAGUGGUUUCAUUACCAUGGAGGUGGCAAAACAAUUUGAAGUUAAAACUAUUGUCGGUUUAGAUAUAGAUAAAUCUCUGAUAAAUCAAGCUAUUAAAAAUCUAACAAGAUGUAAAAAAUCCUUACCCAUGGAUAAUGAAUAUAAAAGACUGCAAAAGUUUCCUUUCAACAUAACAUUUGUACAUGGUAAUUAUGUAUUGAAAGAUGAAGUGUUAUUGGAAAUUGAAAGACCACAAUUUGAUGUGAUAUUAUGUUUAUCCAUAACCAAAUGGAUACAUUUGAAUUUUGGUGAUAAAGGCCUUAAGCAGGCUUUUAGGCGAAUGUUCUUACAGUUAAAACCUCAGGGAAAAUUAAUACUAGAAGCUCAACCUUUUGAUAAUUAUGGCCGAAGGAAGAAAAUGACGGAUACAAUAUUUAAGAAUUUCAGCGAAAUGAAAUUCUUGCCCAAAGACUUUACCGAGUAUUUACUUUCCCCGGAAGUGGGCUUUUCUAGCGUGGAAUUAAUGGGUGUACCUGAUCAUUGUAAAAAGGGUUUCAAAAGACCCAUACAGAUUUUCUUUAAAAAAUAACACAUAAAACACAUGAAUUAAAUAAAAUUAUUUUUGU